CACUUAUUACUUGUCUUCAAGAAAGUAUGCACACUUUCUAUGUCAUGUUAGCAUUUAUGGUGUAUUUAUUUCAUUUUAUAUUACUUUAAGGGAUAAUAAAACCCUAGUUAAAUUUAAGUGUAUCGUCUCUGUAAUUUUAAUCAUAAUAUAAGAAAUACUUAUACAUUAUGCCUAUAUUUAAAUGAUAUAUUUUCAAUAAGUCUUCAACCAACCGUAAAAAAAAAAGGGCCAAUGGACCUCAAACAAUAGGUCGUGUUACACGCCCUCUAAUCUAAACAAUACAAUACAGCUCAGCAAGAAAGAAUUUAUAAUUCCAAAAUAUUCAAGAAGGUUGAUGAAUAGCUAUAUAGUUAUUGACACUGCAACUCCCUCUUAUAUAAUAAGAUUAAUAAUAAAUUAAAAUAUUAUGAGAAACAUGUGUAUAUAUUAGAGUGCAAAAUCUUAGUUUUAGAAACAUAAAAAAAAAAAUUAAAAAAAAAAAGAUAAUGGAAGAGGAAUGUGUUGUGAGUGUUGAUUAUGGCAAUGGCAAAGAAAUGGAAUGCCUUUCAAUUAUUCCUGGAUGGUAUUCAGAUGUUAGUGAUCUCUUUCCUGUACCUGGAGAAAUCAUGUCAAUUAAGAUAGAAAAGAUAUUAUUCAAGGGAAAGUCAAAGUACCAAGAUAUUAUGAUCUUUGAGUCAUUAACUUAUGGAAAAGUUAUAGUUCUGGAUGGGAUAAUUCAACAUACAGAGAGAGAUGUAUGUUCUUAUGUUGAAAUGAUUGUCCAUCUCCCACUUGCUUCUAUUCAUAACCCCAAAAAGGUUUUGAUUAUUGGAGGAGGAAUGGGAUUUACUUUAAGAGAAGUUUUACGUUAUCCAUCCGUUGAAAAAGUUGAUUUGGUCGAAAUUGAUGACAUGGUGGUUAAUGCUUCAAGGAAAUAUUUUCCUGACAUAGCUAAGGGAUACGAUGAUCCACGUGCAACACUUUAUGUAGAAGAUGGAAAUGCAUUUGUGAAGAACACAGCUCCAGGAACAUAUGAUGCAAUUAUCGUAGAUUCUUCUGAUCCUAUCGGAUCAUCAAAGUUUUUCUUUGAAAAGCCUUUUUUUGAGGCAGUUUCAAAAGCCUUAAGGCCAGGAGGAGUUUACUCAACUCAAGGUGAAAGUGCAUGGAUUUUCUUGGAUAUUAUUCAAAAACUUGUUGAAGAUUGCAACAUAUUCUUCAAAGGCUCUGUCAAUUAUGGAUGGACUAAUGUUCCUUCAUACCUAAGUGGGGCUAUUGGUUUUGUUAUUUGCUCUACUGAGGGGCCUCCAGUUGAUUUCAAGAAUCCUGUAAACAAAGUUGAUGUACAUAUCAUCUCUGCAAAAUCUGAAUCCCCUUUGAAGUAUUAUAACUCAGAGGUUCAUACUGCUGCAUUUGCUUUGCCAACUUUUGCUCAAAAGGUGCUUUGUUCAAAAAAGUGAUUCUUAUUGAAAGAGAUAUAGUACUAUAUAUUUGAUGUUCAAAUAAAUUUGCAAGGGGAUAGUCAAUUGCAAACCUUAUUUUCUUUUAAUAAAUAAAUGGUUGUUAAUUUAAUCUCAAGUUCAAAUUUUAUUUUCUUGUAAUAAAUGGUUGAUUGCACUUGUGGAUGUUUAGGCCGUUCAAAUUGGAUAUGGAAAUGUCAGUUUUGAAUAUUUAUGAUAUAUAUCACAACUAUUAAAAAUUUAAUAACUCAAAAAUGUUUUGAAUAUUUAUGAUAUAAUUUGUUAUAAUUUCGAGCUUCUAGUUCAACAAAAGCCAUAUCACUAUGUAAUUGAGAUAUUUGGGAACAAAGAUAUCUGUGAAAUUUAUAAUGAUCGUAUAAUUUUAACUUAGAUACAUGUACAGU